AUGGCUUCUUCUUCCGCCUUUAACAAUUACAUCGUUGACUCCGCUAUGGGGCCUACCUGCAGCCGGCAAGUUCCUCCAGGCUCCUUUGGCGUGCCCGCGCGCAGCGGGCACGUCUCCAACAAGGUCCGCUGGCUCAAUGGCAGAGCGUCUGACUACGACUCCAAGUUCUGGGACAUCCCAGGAGACGAUCAAGUAAUCAGGAGGUUCCAGGUUCGACCCCUGGGUGGAUCGAGAGAACUGGCCACAGGGCCGCAAUUUACCUUUUGCAGGGCGUUUCUUUUUGUUCCAUGCUUUCUCUACUUUUAA